UCUCGUGGUGAAGGGAAGGAGUUCAGUGAAGUAACGCAUAUUUUACCUCCAAAAACCACCACGAAAACAAACCCCAAGACGAAGAGCUUUGCAUUAGGUGGAUUUGUCGACCACCAGUCGAACGUAGGAAGAGCCGCCAUGACCUUCCACCCAUACAAAACAAACAUAUAAACACGUGCUUGUACAGGGCGUUGUGGUGCUCGCAUUCUUCCAAACGAUACAGUAAAGCAACACGGUUCUACAGCAACUGUUCCGAGAUGGGUCUUCUAUCACUCGGCUCGCCUCUUUCUUGGGAAGAGACUAAAAAGUAUGCAGAUCAUGUGCGAAAACAUGGUAUCGAACAAUUCCUGCACAUUUACAAUCGUCUGAAAACACGACAAAAUGAUAUGCUCAAGUGGGGUGACGAGGUUGAAUACACCUUGAUCAAGUUUGAUCAUGAGAACAAGAAAGCAUAUUUGAAUCUGAAAGCAGAAGAAUUUCUGGAAAUUUUACAAGUGGAAGAAAAUACAAAUCCUGGAAAUAAUCCAACAUCAUGGAAACCAGAGUAUGCAGGAUACAUGUUAGAAGGUACACCAGGAAAACCACUUGGAGGCUGCAUGCGUCAUUUCAACACUAUUGAGGCAAACAUGAAACUAAGGAGAGAGGAGGUCAACAGCUUAUUAGAGCCUGAUGAAGCUGUCUUGUCCAUUGUUUCCUUUCCAAGGCUGGGAAGUCCAAAGUUUACUUUUCCUGAGCAUCCUGUUACUCCUGGUGAAGGUGUCACCAGCUCCCUGUUCUAUCCUGACCAGGCCAUCUUUCAAGGUCAUCCUAGAUUUGCGACCUUGUCAAGAAACAUCAGGGAGAGACGUGGAUCUAAAGUUGCAAUUAAUGUUCCAAUUUUCAAAGAUGUAAACACCCCAUCCCCAUUUAUCGAGGAGUCUCCUGAGGUGAAGGGUGAAGGUGCAAGUGCUUCUAAACCAGACCAUAUCUACCUGGAUGCCAUGGGAUUUGGAAUGGGAUGCUCAUGUCUACAGAUGACAUUCCAGGCAUGCAGUAUCGAUGAAGGUCGCCACUUGUAUGAUCAGUUGGCUGUAGUCACACCUAUUGUAAUGGCCCUCUCAGCUGCAACACCAAUAUUCCGUGGUUACCUUGGAGAUAUUGACUGCAGAUGGAGUGUGAUUGCAGGCUCAGUUGAUGAUCGAAGGCCAGAAGAACUAGGACUAGAACCAUUGAAGGAGAGCAGGUUUGUGAUUCCCAAGUCACGUUAUGAUUCCAUCAGCUGCUAUCUGUCACCAGAAGGAGCCAAGUACAAUGACAUUGAGCUAGUCAUGGAUGAGGACAUCUAUGACCAGCUGACAAAAAAUGGUAUUGAUGAACUAUUGGCCCGUCAUUAUGCACAUCUGUUUAUACGUGACCCUAUGACGUUGUUCAAGGAGCACAUCGAUGAAGACGAUACACAAAGCUCCAACCAUUUUGAGAACAUCCAGUCAACCAACUGGCAGACAAUGCGAUUCAAACCACCACCUCCCAACUCACCUAUCGGAUGGAGGGUAGAGUUUAGACCAACUGAGGUCCAGUUAACAGACUUUGAGAAUGCGGCGUUCGUUGCGUUUGUGGUGCUUCUGUCCAGAGUCAUCUUGUCAUUUGACUUAAACUUACUUAUUCCAAUAUCCAAGGUGGAUGAGAACAUGCAGACUGCACAAAAACGAGAUGCCGUUCGUCAAGGGAAAUUCUACUUCAGAAAAACCUUGAAGAAUUGUAAGCCCCAGUGUGCUGGCUCUGCCUGUUGCGAGCAACCAAGCAACACUUGUGAUGACAUAACACUGAUGAGUGUGGAUACCAUCAUCAAUGGCAAGGAAGGAGAGUUUCCAGGUCUGAUCCCAUUGAUGAACAGUUACCUUAGCAACGUCGAUGUGGACAUUGACACUAGGUGUACGAUUUCGCAGUAUUUGAAGUUGAUCCAGAAACGUGCUUCAGGCGAAUUAAUGACUACUGCGCGUUGGAUGCGUCAGUUUGUACACGACCAUCCAAGCUACAAAAAAGACUCGGUGGUUUCUGAAGAAAUCUGCUACGAUCUCAUGAACAUGUGCAACAAGAUUGCUAAUGGUGAAGAGAAAUGCCCCGAACUGAUUGGAAACCACGUGUCCAAGACCAACAAUGUUCUGGACAAGAAGUGUAUACGAAUACAGGAUGAGAUUAACAAAAUGGAAGCUGAGAAGAUAAAAGAGAUGGGAAUCUGAAUCUAGUCUGCAAAUUCAUCAAUUCAAACGGUCUCGCCAGUUGUAAAUACCAAUCAAAUAUUUCCAAGAACACGCCGGUCAUGUUAGAUGACAUGCUGUUUAAUAGGUCGUUUUUGGGUUAUUUAUCAAUCACGCACGUACACUUAAUUUCCAUGUGUUUAAAAACCACAAAGGCAAUUUGUAAAUACGAUCUUUCCUAGUGUAAACGUUCUAACGUACAAUUUGAAUCAUAAAUACUUCGUUAUAUAUGCUUUAGUAGAACCUUACCAAUGUCUUCUACACAACAUUUUGGACAACUAUAAAAUCUUAGUGCAGUUUUCGUAUAACUGAAAAUUUCACGACACGAACACGGCCAUGACACGGCAAUGGAUACGCCAGACCAAUCACAUUGCUCGAGAAUUUACUCUCCAUCCAAUCAAAUACCCGGAAAACGGCAUAAACACAGCGCGGACAGGGUCACGCCUAGGUCACAGCACUUUUAGACCAAUCAUAUUGCGCGUGAAAAAAAUGAGCCAAUUAAAAUACUAGAAAAUAUCACGGUCACAGCACGGCACGUUGCGGCACUUAUCUUUUCACAGUCAUGCGAAAACUGCUCUAACCAGCAGAAUGCGAUAAUUGACAAUCAUGAUCAUUCAUUAUUAUCUAUUACUAUAUAUAGGUGUAAUUCCCAUGCUGCAUCCAGACUAACGGUCAGGGAGCCUGGAACUUGCACCAUAGGGCCAGUCAUACUAAGUGACGUCAUUUUUAGCGUUAAUGAUGACGUCACUUGUAUGUGACGCCUUUCUGCAACAAUUUCUGAUAACUUCAUUUUCUAUCUAUACUUGCAUGAAUAAAAAGUAAGAGAAAUUAUACACAAUUAAAUUCCGAAUGAGGUACCCUGAAGGAAACUUGCCAGGUAAUUCUCAAGUGUCAUCAAUUUACGACCCAUAAACAAUAUUUAUUUAUCAGUCAUUAACAUAUAAUUAAUGAGAGAAUUAAGGUUGGGUUAAUCCUUUAUGCAGGAACAUUGUGUUUAACAAAUCGAAACGCUUGACGUCAUUUCAUGUUCGAUUACCGUACAGACCCAUAGAAAACUGGCUUUGAUUUGUUUUUUUGUUUUUGUUUUUUUACCAUAACAAAGUCGAAAAAAUUGAACAAAAAGAGAAGUAAAUACGGUAAAACCCCGCGUAUAAGAACCUAGAUUUUUCCAAGUCAGCCUGAACAGGUUCUUAUAUAAAUGGUGCUUAACUUGAAAUCAGGCUAUCUAGGUUCUUAAAUGGGUUCUUAAUUUUUGGUAAGAAAAAGAGUACUGGUAUUGGUGGGCGUGGCAUUUUCUACAUUAAAUAAUUCACACAUUUUCUUGCUAGCUACAUGGAAUAUAAUAGAGUGCAAACAUUAAAAGCACAUAAAUCUUACAAAAUACAGUAGUGCUAAGUUAUGCACAGAUUGACUUUAUAUUUGGAAAUUAAGAAUCUACUUCGAAAUUUAGCCUAAAAUGGUUCUUAUGUAAAGGGUGCUUAAAAUGAAAAUUCCAUCCUGACAGGCUCUUAAAUUUUAAGUUCUUAUACGCGGGGUUUUACUAUAGUUUUAAAAAGCCGUUUCAUCCGCUCGCUCACUGCGCGUGACGGAUGUCGUAAGCACAAGCAGGGCUAGGUUCUAAUCGACAAUGGUUCUAAGCCAAUCAGCGCGCGAGAAAUUUCCGAGUCAUGGUGAGAUAUUUGCUUUUGGUGCAUUUUGAUGGAUUGCAAACAUUUUUGGUGUUUCUACACACAGAAAUGACCCAAUAUGAUGUAAAUGGGUAUAGAUAUCCCGCUGAUCUGUGAAAGAAAUUUUAAAUUAGCCGAUCAGAAUCGAGAAAAUGUGGUCGGUUUUACUUGAUUUCCAGCCAAACAAAUGAAAAUAAUAAGGUUGUUAAUAAGCACUUGAUAAAAGUGACUUGCACAUCCUUGGGAGGGGUGUGUCAAGUGCAGUGUUUCUCACGACUAUUACACUCCUGCUGUCAGUUUUCAACAUGCCCAGCCUUUGACUGAAUUUGCUCAAUCAUUCAACAGACCCCUUGCAUGUGACGUCAAGGCAGCUUUAAAAAAAAUUUCCAAUCUCGUGAGAAUUGGAACCUAUUGUUAUGUCCACCAGAUUGAGCUCCAAAUAGUUCCAAGGGGUCCAUAAUAGCCUAUAUAUAGCUAUACACAUUAUACAAUGCUUAGUACUAGCAUUAUUGCACCGAUUUACCAAAUGUAACUUGUAAGUGUUUGUUAAUGCUUUUUAUACUAAAGAGGGUUUAACUGGAUCAUAAAGCCUAAACUUGCCGUUUCGGUCCUCGCAAAUCAUUUUACUAUGUGCUCGGUUUGUUACUGUAUUUAUAACCUUUCUUAUUAUCGACGAAAUACAAUAAAACAUCUCGUAUAUAUA